GAGCUCUGAGGUGAUCUAUCCAAACAGAGGCACAAGCCUCUGUGCAGCUUCCCACCCGGGCUUGUAAAGUUCACAGAUUACUUCAAGGAGCCAAAAAAAGACGACAAGGCGACUCCAACCCCACACCUGCUGACUGCACUGAGAAGGCUGCGGGGGAACUUCACCGGCGGCUCCGGAGCAGCGCGGCCGGCAGGGGGACUCGGGCUGCAGGAGUGUGUUUGAGGCGGGAGGCGGGGGGAAGAUGCGCAGCAGCAGCGGCGGACCGCUCUUCACCUGAACUUCCCUCUCUUCCUGGCCGUUUCGGUCAGGAGCAUACAUAUUCACCAUAAUGCAUCCGUUCAGCACCAGCAGAAAACAGAGAGAGAGAAAGAGCAGUUUGGAGCCGCAGCGGGAACGGGACUUGGGAGAGGACGCAGCGGUCAGGAUGCGGACUUUGUGCCCGGUGUGAGCGCAGCAGUGUGCGGGGAAACGAUCUGACCGGCUGGAUGUGCAGCUGCAGGACUUUCUUCUCUACUGAAGGUUUCUGGAUGCAAAUGUCAAGUAUGAGGAACCAGCAGUGUGUGACAUGAGGGAGCAAAAGGACACCCAAUGAUAACCCUGCGGUGUUUGGUACAUGGAUGUGUCUGCAUCGAGAGCUCUACCCAGUGUAGAAGAGGAGAGACUCUGAAAAUGUGAUGAAAUGUCACCCAGCUUUAUCAUGGACCGUAGCCGGAGAAGGAAUCAUAUUUCUCAGUGAGACCAUUUUGCUUUUGUAAUGGGAAGCUUAGGACAACUAAUUACCAUGGGAUUACUCAAGACAUUCUUCAUCACCAGCCUGGACAUGGUGGUGUUAUCUAAGGACUGUUCUGUUGGAUGUUUAAUGUCCUAUAACUCUAUAUAAUUUUUUUUCUGGGUUGUAUUUUUACGAUCUGUUUGAAAUGGAGAUACAGCUGCGUUUAUGGAAUAAGGACUGGGCCUCCUUUAUCAGGCCGUGGAUACCAAUACUGUUGGGCCUUCACCUCCAGUUCUCCCGGGCCUCCAACUGUCCCGAGGAGUGCCGCUGUGAUCGCACCUUUGUUUACUGCAAUGAGCGGAGCUUGACCUCAGUGCCUCUGGGAAUCGGUGAGGGUUAUAAGAUCCUCUUUCUCCACAACAACCAAAUCAACAAUGCUGGGUUCCCAUUGGAGCUGCACCACGUGGCAUCCGUGGAAACUGUGUAUCUCUAUGGCAACCAGCUUGAUGAGUUCCCCAUAAACCUGCCCAAAAAUGUAAGAGUUCUCCACCUGCAGGAAAACAACAUUCAGACCAUCUCCAGAGCAGCUCUGGCUCAGCUCCUCUGGCUGGAGGAGCUACAUUUGGAUGAUAACUCUAUUUCUACUGUAGGGGUAGAGGACGGGGCUUUUCGUGAAGCAGUGAGCCUAAAGAUGCUCUUUCUCACCAAAAACCACCUGAGCAGUGUGCCUAUUGGUCUUCCUGAUGAUCUGAAAGAGCUUCGAUUGGACGAGAACCGGAUCGCAGUCAUCUCGGAGGAAGCUUUUAGAAAUGUAACCCGCCUGCAGCGCCUCCUAUUGGAUGGGAAUCUGCUAACAGAUGAAGGUAUAGCACCUGGGACCUUUCAGGACCUGAUUACCCUGAGGGAGCUGUCCCUCGCCCGAAACUCACUCACCUACCCUCCUCCGUUCCUCCCAGCUGAGGUCCUCAUCAAGUUAAACUUUCAGGAUAAUCAGAUGAACCAGAUCCCUGUUAAGGCGUUUGCAGGGUUGCACAAGUUGGAGAGGUUGGAUAUUUCAAACAACCAGCUGCAGACUCUGACACAGGGGGUCUUUGACGGCCUCGUCAGUCUCAGACAGCUCACAGUUCGGAACAACCUGUGGCUGUGCGACUGCAGCAUCACAUGGGUGGUGUCAUGGCUGAAAUCCCUGCCGUCUUCGCUGAAUGUGCGCGGCUUCAUGUGCCAUAAACCUGAGAAGUUUCGGGGCAUGGUAAUCAGGGAGCUAAGCGCUGAGCUGCUCCAGUGUCCUAAGAGCACAGGGAAGACGCCCCUGUACACCUCACCAAGUGAAUCUGCUUUGAUCCCUUCCCUGUCUUCUUUCACAGACUCCCCCCUGGUUACUCACUAUGUCUCACCCUCUUCCCCCAGGCAACCCUUAGCCACAUCACCCUCCCUCCAUCCAUCCUUUUCAACCAGAGGGGUGGGGUUGAGGACUAAGAAACCUCAUUCCCCCAGGAGUGAGAAUUUACAGGUGACAUUUGCGAUCUUGAAUGGCUCAGCGAUCCAUGUCAGCUGGGUGGCAGCCUUUCCCGUCACUGCCUACAAGGUGACAUGGGCGAGGAUGGGCCCCAGUCUGACAGGGGACACUGUCAGAGAGAGGAUAGUGGGUGGGGACCACCGGGGGAUCCGACUGGCUAAUCUUGAGCCAAAGUCCACCUAUCGGAUCUGUGUUAUUCCGUUGGAUGCGUUCAAUAACUACCGACCCAAAGAUGACACAGUGUGCACGGAGGCCCUGACCACGUCGACAUCUUUCAGCCCUGACACUAACAAACGACCAUCAGGGCCUGAGCAGGCCACCCAGCCAGAAACCAGCUCGCCUUUCCUGCUGGCUGGUCUGAUUGGGGGGGCGGUCAUUGUGGUUCUGGUGGUCUUCCUCAGCAUCUUCUGCUGGCACAUGCACAAGAAGAGCCGCUCCAAGUCCUCCACUGAGUGGAAAUACAACCGGGGUCGGAGAAAAGAUGACUACUGCGAGGCAGGCACCAAGAAAGAUAAUUCCAUCCUGGAAAUGACUGAGACUAGCUUCCAGAUUGUCUCGCUCAACAACGAGCAGCUCCUCAAGGGAGAUUUCCGCAUUCAGCCUAUUUACACCCCUAAUGGGGGCAUCGGCUUCAGAGACUGCCCCCUUGGGAACAACAGCACAGUGUACUGCAAGAACAAUGUUCAGGAUGCAGACUAUUGUCACACAUGAUGAUUUUGAAGAACAUCAGGAGCAUUUUUACUGACAUUUAGCCCCUCUUUGAUGGACACUGUACAGUGUUGAUAUUAUUUGAAACACCCACGUCUUCAAGAAAUGUAAUUUGUAACUGGACAAUAUCUUUUGUAUAACAUAUGAUUCAUAAGUUAUUGGUUUCUGGAGUUGUGCUGUUUGAGUUGUGUGCACACCGACAUGUACUAUCAGGAUACAUUUAUUUUAAGCAUAAAUACUGGGUUUGAUUUUUAGUGGUUGUGAAUGAUUUUGAAGUCAUUGUAUACUGUAACCAUAACAGAAUCCACACUUUAGCAUCAUCAGGGUGCUGAAACCGGGGUGUAGAAUGAGAGGAGAAAAGAGACUAGUCUGCCACACUCACCACCAGAGGGCGUAGUUUUCUGGAGUCCAACACACUUUUCCUGUGACUGUUUUUUUAUCAAGUCAUCACAGUAAUACGGCACAUUUGUUUGAUUGCCACUACAGUCAACAGAGAUGCAAAUUAUUCGAUUCCUGCUCGAGGAAGAUGACACAUUUUUAUGCAAAUAACAUUUCUCUGCUUCAAAAUGAAAUUUAAAGGUCACACUCAUUAAACAUCCCCAGAAAGUGGCAGGCUGCAGCGCUUUUUCACCUGCUUUUCAAGAUGAAUACAUUAUCACAGUAGAGGGAUCUUGUUAUUAGUGCUAGCUGUGUUUUAUGGUGGGUGUCACAGAGGGGAGCGGCAAAAAAGCACAUCUACCAUCGAUUGUAAACCAUUAAAAAAACAACUCUUCUCUCUUUGUUUAGCAAAAACAGUGUUAUGGUAAACAGUAUAUAUAUGUGCCUUGAAGUUAUCAGCUUACAAUGUCUUUUGGAUCCAUGUUUUUUGCACAAAAAGUGUACUGUAUAUACAUUCAACUGGAUCAUUGUUGAGGGGGGACUUCUUGCUCUGGGUUAUUUAUUUACCUUACUACACAUUUAAUUAAAAACAUAUCUCCAAAAGUGAA